AUGCCCGACAACCGUCAGCAGUCCUUUGACGAGAUUUACGGCCCGCCUGAGAACUUCCUCGAGAUCGAGGUCCGCAACCCCCGCACCCACGGCAUGGGCCGCUCCAUGUACACCGACUACGAGAUUCUCUGCCGCACAAACAUCCCCGCCUUCAAGCUGCGCGCCUCGAGCGUCCGCCGCCGCUACUCCGACUUUGAGUACUUUCGCGACAUCCUCGAGCGCGAGUCCGCCCGCGUCACCAUCCCGCCGCUGCCCGGCAAGGUCUUCACGAACCGCUUCAGCGACGACGUCAUCGAGGGCCGCCGCGCCGGCCUCGAAAAGUUUCUCAAGAUUGUCGUCGGGCCACCCCCUUCUGCAGACCGGCAGCAAGGUCCUCGCCGCCUUCGUCCAAGCGCCUCGCCGCACCCCUCGUCCCCGCCGCCCGCUGCGCCGAAGCGCCUCCGCGUCGCCCCUGCCCGGGUCCCCAAUAAGCUGCGCAAGAGACAUGCGCCGCGCUGCCAGCCGCGCUCCGACACGCCGCUUGAACGGGUGUCGUCGUCAGACAUGUGA